AUGAAACCAACGUUCGGAUUGGAUGAAAAUGUGGUGGCAAAGGAAAAAGCCGCAGAAAAUGAGUAUUGUGAACACUUACCGAAUAGCGUGCUACGAAACAUCUUUAAGCAUUUAUCCUAUCAAGACAUAUCGAAAUGUCAUCUGAUUUGUAAACAUAUUCAUAAAUUUUUAUGUGAUCACGUAAACGAUUUUGAACGACCGCAUUUAGACGAUUUAAUUAUUGAAUCAGUUCGCGAACCGGGUUGGGUUCGCCAACUGCGCUUGGAAUUCAAAUGUCUCGAAUUAUUUGGUACUCAUGCAUGCCUGAAAAAGACCGAGUUCAUGGGCACUGAAGACGACUCGUUUGAUUCGAUUUCAAAGUUGACUCCAUCGUUCAUGGAACUGAUCAAUGAUAAAUGUCGCGCAGUUAUUGCAAGUGGUGAUGUGACAUUCCGUCAUAUUGUGCUCGAUGAUUUCGCUCUGAAGCAAUUGCUGCCCAUAUUGGAGCCAACGUAA